CACUGUAGUAACUUCCUCUCUUAUUUGUGAGAAGAUUCAUGAAACAGUUACACUCAUAAAAGAAGAUAUUUCAACUUCUUUUUUUCUAUGGAACAGGGUGAUUUAAUCGAUCUACAGUAGACUGAAAUAGCAGCAUAUUGGGGACUAAUUUAUUAAAAUGGGUAUAGUGACACUUUUUGGUCUCUGUUCCAGCAUGGGCCUCUGGUCCAGAAUAUCUCCUGCACCUGCAUGUUCUGUCAUGAUAUUGCUUCUAGUGAAACAGGCAAAAGCAUCUCUGCUGGAAAAAACCACUACUGGAUGGAAUAAAUAUAAACAAGAAUGCUUGCAAAUGCUGCAGGAAUCAACUGUUGAUACUGGAAUACAUUGUAAUGGGACAUUUGAUCAAUUUGUCUGUUGGCCUUACUCACCCCCAGGAUAUGUCUCUGUGCCUUGUCCUUCGUAUUUGCCGUGGCUGGAAAAUGGAAGUGUAGGAAAUGCAUACAGAGUCUGCUUGGAUGGAGGCACUUGGCAAACAAAGGAAAACUCCACAGACAUUUGGCGCGAUAGUUCAGAAUGUUCUGAGAAAAAUCAUUUCCAAACCAACGAAGAAGAACAUAAAUUACUUACCACAUUACAGCUGUUGUACACUAUAGGAUAUUCUUUUUCCCUCAUUUCACUUGUAUUGGCUCUCCUUAUACUUUCUUUACUCAGAAAACUCCACUGCACAAGAAACUACAUCCAUAUGAAUUUAUUUGCAUCUUUUAUCUUACGUGCCACGGCAGUUCUUAUAAAAGACACUGUAUACUACAAUAUUUACUCCAAAAGACCAAAUGAUGAAACUGGAUGGAUAUUAUACCUCAGUCCAGAGAUUAUAAUAAUUUGCAGGACUGCCCAGUUUUUCAUGCAUUACUUUGUUGGGGCAAAUUAUUUUUGGCUAUUAGUAGAAGGAAUUUAUCUACAUACGUUAUUGAUAACUGUAGUACUCUCUGAAAGGCGACUGCUACAGACCUAUAUUGUGAUAGGCUGGGUUGUUCCUAUCCUUUUUGUGGGCCCUUGGGGAAUAAGCAGAUCAAAACUGGAGAACACAGGCUGCUGGGGAACAAAUGAACACAUGGGAAUCUGGUGGAUUAUCCGAGGACCAAUGCUGUUUUCCAUUGCAGUUAACUUUGGCAUCUUCUUAAAAAUCCUCAGGAUGCUGAUUUCCAAGCUAAAAGCUCAGCAAAUGACCUUUCAUGACUACAAAUACAGAUUGGCAAGAUCUACACUUGUGCUGAUUCCACUAUUGGGAAUCCAUGAAUUUGUGUUUACUUUCAUCACUGAUGAGCAGGUGGAAGGACUUUCAAGACAUAUAAGACUUUUCAUUCAGCUGACAAUGAGCUCAUUUCACGGUUUUUUUGUAGCAGUUUUGUAUUGCUUUGCUAACGGAGAGGUGAAAGCAGAGCUCCAGAAGCAGUGGUCCCGCUUCCUGCUGGCAAAUCCCUUUGGAUGUAAAUUCUGCUUUCUUGGGGAAAACAUCAAAUACCUCAGGAAAUGUUCACAGAAACGAAAGAAGCAGCACUUGAGUAGCAAAUACCACUUGUGCCUGGAGGCAAGCGAGCCCUGGGGCAUGCAGCUCCAGCAGGUAUUAGUGAAGCAGAGGACAGAUCACAGCUCAGAGCAGGGCUCUGCUCUCCCAUCUUGUCCUCGGGCAAGCAUGUCAGACAGCAGCGAAGGAGAAGUCACCACUGGAGAGACAACUGAAGAAGUCUUUGAAGAAAGUGAGAUUUAGAAAGCUGUCCACCAGUACAGCACCUUCCAACAGCCACAGCAUUUUGAAAGAUGUUCUCUUAUCCCCAGACUGUACACACCUUUGGGAUGUGCAGUGCAAGGAAGUAGCAGUUAAUACCACAUCUGUCCCAGUUUUCUUUAUCUGAGAAAAUGUUGCUCUGGAUGUUACUAAGCUAUGUGGCUGGGGUAGAAGAGGUUUAAUGGAUCAAAAAAUGCUUUGAAUUGACUGGUCUAGAAGAUAACUCAUGCUGAAAGAAAUGUACACUGUGGAGCAGGAGGUACUAUGGGAAUGAGUAGACUCCGGACACACACAUUGUCUCCUGGUAGCUUGACAGCCAUUAUACUCACAUGAUAGAGAAGUUGUUUGGUUUUAUCUUUCCUAAGUGUAAAUGUUGUAUGUAAAUAUGUCAUAAAUAGAUGUAUAUGUAUGUCUGCACCCUGAAAUCCCCCAUCUCAAAAACCCAGUUUCAGGUCAAUCCAGACACAUGUUGUUUAAGCAAAAUGAAACAUUUUAUACAUACAUAUUAAAAAAGAAAAAAAGUUGGGAAGAAGCAACCUUUUUCUUACCUUUUUGAACAUCUUCACUUAAAUUUUAUUGUUGGAAAUGUCAUUAUGAAAUGAAAAGCCAAAAUGUUUUCUUUCUAAAGUCCCCAAAUGAUUUUUUUAAUACAGUUUUUGUUUGCUCAUUUUUGUUUUCUCUAUUUUUUUUUUUACACAAGCCAGGCACUUGGAUGCAGCUUCAGGUUUGCCCUAUUGUG